AUGGCUUCUCGUACCGAUGCUCAUCGAGUGGCUGUCCGGCGGUUGCACGCGACAUCUCAGCAGCUACAAGCUGCAACUUCAACAGCAGCCACAUCCGCUCAGGAAUAUCCCACCACACACGAACAGAUCUCUCGGCCGGUAGACACCCAAAAUUUCAUUGACAACGAAUUCAUCCCCUCCAAAGCCACGACAUGGAUUGACCUACACGAUCCAGCAACCAAUAAUCUCGUCACCCGUGUCCCGCAAUCCACUACAGAAGAGCUUCAAGUUGCCGUGAAAAGCGCUGAGAAGGCCUUCCCAGCAUGGCGGGCAACAUCUAUCAUGGCCAAGCAGCAGAUCAUGUUCAAAUUUACUGGACUUAUUCGGGAGCAUUGGGACCGGCUUGCCGCUUCUAUCACACUCGAGCAAGGGAAAACUUUUGCUGAUGCCAAAGGAGAUGUGCUGCGUGGGCUGCAGGUUGCGGAAACGGCUUGUGGUAUCACAACACAGUUGACAGGCGAAGUUCUGGAGGUUGCGAAGGAUAUGGAGACCAGAUCAUACCGAGAACCCCUGGGCGUUGUUGCUGCAAUUUGUCCAUUCAACUUCCCGGCCAUGAUCCCGUUGUGGAGUAUACCCCUGGCAACCAUAACGGGUAACUGCCUCAUCUUAAAACCUUCAGAGCGGGAUCCUGGCGCCGCCAUGAUCCUAGCUGAACUCUGCAAAAAGGCAGGUUUCCCAGACGGCGUUGUCAACGUCGUGCAUGGGGGUGCCAAGACGGUAGAUUUUAUCAUCGAUGACCCUGCCAUCAAGGCAAUCUCAUUUGUGGGCUCAAAUCGUGCAGGUGAAUAUAUCUUCUCCCGGGGGUCAGCUCAAGGGAAACGUGUCCAGGCAAAUCUGGGCGCCAAAAACCACGCUGCCGUCCUACCAGACUGCAAUAAGAAUCAUGCUUUGAAUGCCAUUGCUGGAGCUGCUUUCGGUGCAGCGGGCCAGAGGUGUAUGGCUCUCAGUACUCUAGUCAUGGUUGGUGAGACGAAAGACUGGCUACCUGGGCUUGCUGAAAGAGCAAAAGCGUUAAAGGUUGAUGGUGGAUUUGAAGAAGGAGCCGACCUUGGUCCUGUCAUAUCACCCCAAAGCAAGCAGCGAAUUGAAAGUCUGAUAGCGAGCGCAGAGGAAGAGGGAGCAACGAUAUUAUUGGAUGGCAGAGGAUAUAAACCCGAAAAAUACCCCAAUGGAAAUUGGAUCGCCCCCACAAUAAUAACCAACGUGCAACCACACAUGAAAUGCUACACGGAAGAGAUCUUCGGCCCCGUCCUCAUCGCCCUCAACGUUGACACCAUCUCUGCGGCCAUCGACCUGAUCAACUCGAACCCCUACGGCAACGGUGCCGCCGUCUUUACCCGCUCCGGCAGCACAGCCUCGAAGUUCCAAAAAGACCUCAACGUCGGCCAGUUGGGCAUUAACGUCCCCAUCCCGGUGCCUCUGCCCAUGUUCAGUUUUACGGGGAACAAAAAGAGCGUGGCGGGCGGGGGCGCGAAUAACUUCUACGGCAAACCCGGCCUGAAUUUUUAUACGCAGUGGAAGACAGUGACGAGCCUGUGGAGGGAGGAGGAUGCGUUGACGGUGGAGAAGGAGGCCGUUAUGCCGACGCAUUCGUGA